UAGCAGCCACAAGCAAGUAGCCACCUUUGAGUGGAUGUUGGAAGAAAUAGCAGCCACAAGCAGGUGGCGGCUACCUGUGUCAUCCGAUUUCUGGCUGCAAGUUCUCUAGCUAGUUCUCCCAUCUUCAAUUCCUCGCUCUUCCUCCUCCCUUCUCUAGUUCUGUGGAGUGUUCCGAUCCUCAGCAGCAAGCUCACUAGCUCAGCACACCGGCGAUGGCCUCCACCGCCACCUUCCUGUCCACCCUCGCCACCAGGUCCGCGGCAACCGUUAGCCCGCGCAGCGCCGCCGAGCCGUCCGGCGCCAAGAUCGUCAGGUUCUUGCCCGCCCAGAUCAGCCGCACGGGGCGCGCGGCGGUGCUGCCCACGCCGAGGGCGGCGGUCUCGGGCACCGAGAAGCAGGCGCCGUCGAGCAAGCACGAGCGCGUGGUCAGGGUGCACAGCACCCAGGAGUUCGACGACGCGCUCAAGGCCGCCAAGAACCGGCUGGUGGUGGUGGAGUUCGCGGCGAGCGACAGCGAGAGCAGCAGCCAGAUCUACCCGACCAUGGUGCAGCUCAGCCGCACCUGCGGCGACGUCGACUUCCUGCUCGUCCUGGGCGACGAGUCGGAGGCAACCAAGGAGCUGUUCCGGCGGGAGGGCAUCACGCAGGUGCCCCACUUCAACUUCUACAAGGGCGCCGAGAAGGUGCACGAGGAGGAGGCCAUGGCCAUCGGCCCCGAGCGGCUCGCCGGCGACGUCCUCUACUACGGCGACAGCCACUCGGCGGUGGUGCAGCUGCACUCGCGGGAGGACGUGGAGGCGCUCAUCGACGAGCACCGCGGCGACAAGGGCAAGCUCGUCGUUCUGGACGUCGGCCUCAAGCACUGCGGGCCCUGCGUCAAGGUGUACCCCACCGUGCUGAAGCUGUCGAGGUCCAUGGUCGACAACACCGUCUUCGCGCGCAUGAACGGCGACGAGAACGACAGCUGCAUGGAGUUCCUCAGGGACAUGAAAAUCGUCGAGGUGCCCACUUUCGUCUUCAUCAGGGACGGACAGAUCGUCGGCCGCUACGUCGGCUCCGGCAAGGGGGAGCUCAUCGGUGAGAUCCUCAGAUACAACGGCGUCAGGGUCACCUACUGAAGAGUCAGAGCAAGCGCCAAGCAGCACUUUACACACACUUUAGAACAGCUUGCAAAGAUACAAAAUUUUAAAUUAUUGCUAGUCUCCCAGAUGAAGAUGGCGGCGUCUAAGGACGUCGCAGCCGAAGCAUCGCUGUUGAGAGCUCCCUCCCCAAACAGAAAUUUGUCUCACACGCACAGGGUGAUCCUUCGUUGUUGGUGCUUAGGUUUCUUUGGAUAUUGUCGUUGUAUGGGUUUGUGGUGUUGUAGUCUUCCCCCUUCCUCAACAGAAACUUGUCUCACGCGCGAAGGGUGAUCCUUCGUCGUCGUCUCGUCGGUGCUUUGGUUUAUUUGGUUAUUGUCGUCGUGUGGGUUUGUGGUGUUGUAUAGUCUUCUUCUUUAUAUCAGUACAUGCAUGUGGGUUUGUUGUGUUGUAGUCUUCUUCUUUGUCAAUACAUGCCCGACAAAUCUCUUGUCGGUAGCUCUUCGUUUUGUUUUAA